AUGAUCCCGCUGUGGCUAUUGCCAGUUUUCAUAUUGAUUCUUCAUCCGCAAUGCUCGCUGUUCAGAGCAGAGGGAGGAUGUCCAAGGAAUGACAAUGGACAGCAGCAAAACUGGCGGUAUGCGGUCUACGAACGCAAGGAAAAAGGUUUGCCACAACAUAAGGAAAUAUGGAAGCUAAUGAACAUAGAGAACAUGAGCUGGGAAAAUCAUCGCCCUAUACUACCCUCUUUCAAAUACAACUUUUCAGAUCUAAUUUUACCAACUAUUCGUAUUGUCCAGCUGCCGUGGUCAUGACUUCUCGUUUAUCAUGAUGAAUUUAUUUUGACAUGAUGAAUUUAUUUUGACAUGAUGAUACCCAUUAUGGGUGAUGGGUUUUGUACACCGCUGAAAAUUUACUAUACGUGACACGUCUGUCGCUGAAUUUUCAAAAGUCAAUUUUGGAAAAGAGCACUCUUUCACAUAAGAGGACAUUAUAUUUAUUGAAUUACAGGGAGUUGAUCUUAGCACAUGUUCCAUUGGAUAAAGUAAAUCCCCGUUAUAGGUGCUGUGCCAAAGGCUACCUUCUAAAGUUACACGUGGACUCGAAAAUCCGAGGAUCGAUGAUGUCAGAUGUCCUCGUGUGUUGAAUAAACGUUUUCAUGAGUAGUGAAUUGGCCCAAAAAUAAUUUCCUAUAAUUUAGGUAUUGUUUGGAAAGAGGUAGUGUCUAUAUGCUUUUGGUCCCUUUGGUCUCACUAAAAAUCGAAAAGUAGAUCCCUUUUUCACCCCAUGCAUAAAUGGCCGACUCGAUCAGUAUUCAUUUGUGAUAAUGUAGAUAAGCCCAACUAAACUCUUCAGUGUGUCUAAGGAAAAAUAAAACCUUAACUCAAAGAUGAGGCUAUUUGCAUGGGUUAAUUUACACGAGUACAAAAGAAUACUAAUUGGACCUGUCAGUUAUGUAUAAUGUCUAUGCCAAUGAUGAUCUUAACGAUGGCUUGUACAACAUCAAGGAACUGUGCUGCCAAAUUUUUUCACGCAUGCUCUGGAUACAGUUUGAGCCAUCUAUGAUUGGUUCACUGUCCUGGGUCACUUUCUGUCAACAGGCAGGGCAUUGAAGAAUCAGGUGUUCUCCUCAAGAAUUGUUCGAUCAGAAAUAGAGUGUUCUUUGACAUGCUUGCGCUAUGAGAGGUGUGAAUCGUUUAACUAUCGAAACAAUAUUGUUGAAGGACCACACAUUUGCGAAUUGAAUGACCAGACGAGAUUGAAGAGGUCGCAUGAUGUACAACCAAGAAAUGGUUUCUCAUAUUACGACUCUGAAUUGGUAAGUUUUCCUGUCCGUUUUAAAUUAAUAAAAUGCGACUCCAAAAAUUUCGUUAAAAGAGUACGCAAGUUUGGAAGGACCAACAGAACCAACAUCUCUAUGGCUAUUUUCACAUAAAAUGUAAUAUUUCGAACUCUCUUAUAUCCUUUCCUACCAUAGCCAAAAAUACGUAUUUCCCAAAGCAACUCCAUCUCUUAAUAUGAAAAAUUCUAAAAUAUCAGUUUUUAUUUUCAUAGAAACCCUGCUUAAACGUGAAAUGCCAAAAUGGUGGAACAUGCCAUCCAGUGUUGAACAGCAUAAUAGCUCCUUAUUGUUGCCAGUGUCACGAACGUUACGCUGGUGAUCUUUGCCAACAUCUAAAGGGUAAGAAUUACAAACAACUUUUAAUAUUGUGUAUCGCAGUACAGAAUUGUUGUUUGAGACGGCAUCCCCCAUACGCAAAUUACACCAAAUCUUAACUCCCACGUGCUAUUUUUAGAAUCAGGGUAACAGGUCUAGUCUUUACUUAGCAUUUCUCGAAUUUCUUGGAUGGAAACCGAUGAGGUGCAAUUUGGCUUUAAAGGUCAAAAUGCACCUCAUUGGUUUCGACACAGGAUCGGCUAUCCGUAGAUCUUUGACGAACCUUAGAAAACGGGAAUGUUCUCAAAAUUACUCACGUGAUGUCGUCACGAAAAUUAUACAAAGAAAAACGUAGUUCCUUGAGAAGAAACUAGGCCAGAUUUCCAUUCUUUGUUGGUCUGGGUUGCAUUAAGAUAGGGGUCGCUAAAUACAAAAAGGCUCAAGGAUAUUCCGUUUAAGAUUGCGUAAGUUUUAAGGUUUUCUGUUUCCUUUUCUCCUCUAGUAAAAUCCCGAAUUGAAAUAUUUUGUUGUUAUGUUUUAACUGCCCUUACGUCUCCCGCGCAGGUUUCCGUUUCACCAAUAGCAGUUCAGGAGAUCAUGUAUUAGUUUCAGUCGGCGUGAGCAUUCAGAUGACGUCAUUGACAGUUUGUCUCCGAUUUAAAGCCGCUCCAAGGCAAUAUGAAGUUAGCACUCCUAUGUCAUACGUAACCAAUGAUUUCACCAGCGCUUUACAGCUUUACACAAAUGGGACGAUAAGAAUUUACAUCAACGAUCAAUUCAGGCAAGCUAUUUGCGCUUAAUAAAAGUUUGAAAAACUGUUACUGAGACAGAAAAGGCAAAAAAAAGGUAUGCGUUUGGGCACAUGUCGUUAUGAAAAAUAUACAAAGAAAAACGUAGUUUGUGCUCCUUGUUUGCAUAUCGGUUGGAUAGGAAGAAUAUCACCUCCAAAUGUAAAUUUUGAAGGAGGGUCUAUCUUACAUAGUUCCAUUUUAUCAGGCAUAGUAAAAUCAUCCCAGUCAGUCACAAAACUGUUAUCCAUCUUUGUAUCUUAGUGAUUUUCCGUAUGUCUCUGUUUUGGAUAACACCUGGCAUCACGUGUGUUUCACGUGGGAAACGGCUGGAGGAAACGUCUCACUCUAUAUGGACGGCUUUCUGAUUGGAAAAAAGCAAAGUGUGAACCCGGGAAUGGUUUUCAACAGUUCAGGAUCUAUAGUGAUUGGGCAGUUGCAGAGACUGGUUGGCGACGAAUUUCACAAGAAUGAAUCUUUCUUCGGAGAUAUUACGGAUGUGAAUAUGUGGAAAGCUGAAUUGUCAAUCAGCUCUAUAACGAGGCUUUCACAGAGCUGCUAUAGUCACAUGGGUAGCUUGAUAAGCUGGUACGCAUUUCGAACUGGGACGGAGCAGUUCGUUAACGAGACAAACAGUACCUCUUCAGAAUGUCUGGGGCUUGGUGAGUACACGUGUCAAGUAAUCUACUGUCAUUUUCCGAUUAGCAAUAAGAGAGAAAAAUUAUAGGAAAGAAAUCAAGUUAGUUACCAACUCAGUCAGCCACUAAUGCAUCAGUCUACCAGUCAAUCAGGUAAUCAUUUAAUUUGUCUUUUAACUCAAUAACUCAAUGGUUCUUUCAGUCAGUCAGUCAGUCAGUCAGUCAGCCAGUUAGCCAGUCAGUCAGCCAGUUAGCCAGUCAGUCAGCCAGUUAGCCAGUCAGUCAGUCAGUAUGUGAGUGAGCAAUUUGGUAAGUCAACUAGUUAGUUAGUGAGUGAGUGAAAGAGUGAGUCGGUCGGUCGGUCGGUCGGUCGGUCGGUCGGUCGGUCAGUCAAAUAGUCCGUUAAUCAUCCACUUGGCCAAUCAUUCAUUUCAUAUUUGUUGUUUUGUUUUGUUGUUUCCUUUCAGAUCCCCAUUUCGGCUACGAUUUGGAAUUUUCAAGAAGAACCAACGAAGACUAUGUUUACGGCCCGACGCUCUCAGCUUUGUCAGCUUUUACUGUGAGUUUGUUUGUGAGCUUCACAGACAACAGCGACAAAACAUACUUCAACUACUACGCUAGUGGAGCUUACAAUGAAAUAUUUAUUCAUGAAAGGAAUGAGGAGUUUACAGUUCGAAUAAAAGACGUAAAAAGGUAAUGUAACCCAAAAUGGCCUGAGGAUGUGUGAGUUCAUAUUAAUGAUUUAUUAAUACUCUUUUGAUUUCAGGCAACAUAAUUUUGUCAUUCCACCGGAUGGUACCUGGCACCACCUCGCCAUUACAUGGGAAAAUACGAAUGGUUCUUAUGAAAUAUUUCUGGAUGGUGUGGCUGUUGGAAGUGGUAACGAAUUGGAAAAGGGGAAAACGAUUCAUCCUAAUGGAAGUGUUGUCAUUGGAAACGAUAAAGACUUAAAUGGUUUUCAGGCCAGAGAUGCUUAUGUGGGAAACAUUUCACGAGUGAAUCUGUGGGAUUAUGUGCUGCCUCGAGAAACUAUUUUAUUGCUCUCCCAACGCUGUGGAAUGGAAAGUGGUAAUGAAGUAUCCUGGAGUGAUUUCAAGGAGGGACCUUAUCAUGGUGUGGUCAACAUCAAGGAACCUUCAUCCUGUCAAAAGCUUCAAUAAGAAAAGAGAGACUUAUAAAAAUUGAAAUGAGGACAUAAAAUUAUUCUAUGGGCCAUUGGUCAAUCUGAUGUUUGAUGUUUUUUGUAAAAAGUCCGGGCUUUUCAUACAGGAUCCGCAACGGAGAAACUAAGCUUAGAAUAGCUGCUUUUAUUCUAUCGAAGAGCUACAAAGUCCAGAUUUGGGAUAGGAGGAGGGAGAUAAGAUAGCUAGCCAAUCUCCUCACUCCCACUACACAAUCCACUUAUUGAAACGAUUGCGAUACACUUACAAUGGAACGCUUUUCAUUGAGUGUCGUAAAACCAAAAUUAAUUUAAUGACAACGCUCAACCAAAGAACACCAAAGCAAAGAAAAUUUCGAGACAAGCCUGUAAGAACACUAUGAAAAAACAAGCUAAGGUAACAUGAUUUAUUUAGACCAAUCACAGAGCGAGACAGAGAACCU